AUGGGGAACCAGGUCGGGGGCCGGCGGCGGCGGCGGCCGGCGGUGGACGAGCGCUACACGCGCCCGCAGGGGCUGUACCCGCACCCGGACAUCGACUUAAGGAAGCUCCGCCGCCUCAUCCUCGAGGCCAAGCUCGCGCCCUGCCACCCGGGCGCCGACGACGCGCGCGCCGACCUCGACGAGUGCCCCAUCUGCUUCCUGUUCUACCCCAGCCUCAACCGCUCCAAGUGCUGCGCCAAGGGGAUUUGCACGGAGUGCUUCCUCCAGAUGAAGUCGCCCACCUCGUGCAGGCCGACGCAGUGUCCUUAUUGCAAGACGCUGAAUUACGCGGUGGAGUACCGCGGCGUGAAGACCAAGGAGGAGAAGGGCAUAGAGCAGCUUGAGGAGCAGAGGGUGAUCGAGGCGCAGAUCAGGAUGCGCCAGCAGGAGCUACAGGACGAUGCGGAGCGGAUGAAGAACAAGCUGACUGCGACUUUGGGUGACGUAGUAGCAUCUGUGCAAGUUGAUUCUUGCAAUACUGAUGGUACAUCGACACUAGCUGCAAGCAGUCCGCAAGGCAAUGAUGCUAUCUCGUCCGAAGUGCAGCAUUCGGAGUUGAUAUUGAGGAAUUCUGAAGCCUUCAAACAGAUGCGGGGCAGUAAUUUUGAUGUGGAUCUUGAAGAAGUAAUGCUUAUGGAGGCAAUUUGGCUCUCUAUACAAGAUCAGGAAGCUUUGGGAAAUCCAGGAUGCGUUAGCACUACACCAUCAUCAAUUCCUUCAAGGCCUUUUGAUGGUGCUAUGACAACGACACCUGAAGCAGCUUCUUCCGGUGGAUUUGCUUGUGCAGUCGCAGCUUUAGCUGAGCAGCAGCAUAUGCAUGGAGAGUCUUCUAGCGCAUCAGCUUGCCAAACAACAAAGUUUGACAUCCUUAGCAGACCAGACAGAUCCUUCACAGAGGAUCUGAGUGUAGUUGGGAGCAGUUCUUCAGACUUCAGAGUUGAGGAACCAUCAAGCAGCAGUACACACCGAACAAUAGAGGGUUCAGAGUAUUCUAAUUCUAAUGGCCGGUGGUCCGAGGUGGCUGAGGCUGGAACCAGUAUUGCUGAAUCUGAUGUUACAGUGGAGGCUGGUGUUGGCAAUUCGUCCACUUCAGUUGGGUCCAACAUUUGUUCUGGCAGUGUUCCUGAUAGCUUCGAGGAGCAGAUGAUGCUGGCCAUGGCUCUUUCGUUGGUCGAUGCCCGUGCUAGAGCAGGUUCUCCAGGGUUAGCUUGGCGGUAG